GUCAAAGCUGGCUGGCGCAUCGCGAAGGCGCGGCGCCGGGGAGUUUCAGGCGCGUUGAGAUCUGUACGCGCAGCGCGCAGCGCCGCGGAACGGAAUCGGCGCUCGCAAAGCCGCGGCAGAGCCCCAGCAGAUUAAACUUGGGAGAGCGUCAGGAGGCGACCUGCUCUGUGAAGAACAACGAUGCCGGCGGGCCGCGCGGCGGCAUUCGGCGCCGCGGCGACCGUCGUGGGCGCCUACGCGCUGCAGGACCACCUGCGCUCGCGCGCCGCGCGGCGCGAGGAGGAGGACCAGAAGCGGGCGAUCAUGGAGAUGUUCGAGCGCGAGGCCGAGGAGGGUCCGAUGGGCCUGCGGGGGACGGAGGAGGGCUACGCGUUCAAGAGGCUCGAGGACGCCCAGCAGGCGGAGCUGCUCUGCGUCGCGCUCGAGAAGCUCUUCUUCAGACUCAAGAAGGCGGCGCCACCGUCGUCGGCCGUGACGGCGCUCCCGUUCCUCGAGAUCGGCGAGGCGGCGCCCGCGACGGUCGUGCUGGCGUGCGUACUCGCGCUCGGCGACGACGAGCUCGCGUGGCGGUUGUUCGGCGACGACGAAGACAAGGAGCCGCGCAGCGCGGCCGAAGGGAAGCUCCGCGCCGCGCUGGCCGCGUCCAAAUCCGUCGGAAUCUCGGCGAGCUUUCUCUCUGACUCGCCCGGUGGCAAGCAGGCCGUCGUCGACUUCUGCCGCGGGCUCGGGGCCGAGCCGCUCGCGCCAAAGAGCAACGUGACGUUCGACGCCGCCCGGUCGCGACUGGAGAUCAACCGGGUGUCCCAGAAACCGGAGGUAAUGCUCGGAGAGGUCCAGGAACAGGUCAACGACUGGAAGCCGGAGGACUCCGCCAUCGUCACGCUGUACCAGGUCGUCUCGCAGUGGGUCUGGCGGCGCGGCGCGCCCGGCGUCCGGGCCGCCCAGGGCGCGGACACGGAACUGGCGCGGCAGCUCGGGCAGAGCCUGGGCGUGGGCGUCUGCCGCCAGUCCGCGCUCAAGGAGACGGGCGGCAACGCCAUCGUCAACUCGGUCUACGCCGAAAACACGGACUCGUUUCUGGACCGGCUCGUGUCGGGCGAGCUGCCCUCGACGCUCGACGAGGCCGGCCGCUACUUUAUUGAUCGUAACGGUGAGAGCUACCAGCCGCACACGUUCCAGAUCAAAUACCGCAAGGCCAGCAACGGCGGGCCCCGCGACGCCCUGUGGCUGUCGUGCGCGUUCGCGCCGGGCGGCGGCUUCUCCGUGCCCGUGCACCGGUCGUCGAUCCGCCGCGAGGACAACGGUGUGACCUACAUGAAGUCCAUGGGAGAGGCGACGGGCAAGCAGCCGCUGAACCAGCAACCAAAAAAGGAAGUCGUGGCGGCGCGCGCCCACUUCCUGGCGGCCCUGAAGACGGCCGCCGUCGGCGACGCCUGGGCGAAGGCCCUCGAGCGCGAGGCGGGCCCCUGGUCGCUCGAGCACGUCGCGGCGCGGCGCGGCGACCUCGUGCACAUCGAGUCGCGGCGCGACGAGGAGGUGACGCUCGAGUUCCUGCGCGGCGCCGACGAGGCGCUGCUGAACGUCGACCCGCAGACGGUCCGCCGCGCCCUCGCCGCGGCGCUCGUCCGCGUCGUGCCGGACCGCGAGGCGGACGAGGGCCCGGGCCCGGGCGUGGCGGAAGAGGUCGACGCGUUCGCGACGGAGUACGCCGAGCUCAUCCUCAUCGGACUGAGCAAGGUGCCGCGGCUUGCCGACGGCCGCACGCCGGUCGAGGUCGUGCCCGACGAGUCGGUGGAGGACAAGGCCGACCGGGAGUGGCUCGGGUUCACGCAUAACGGGUCCUACGCGGCCCGCACGCGCCACGUGCUGGUGAAGCGCGAGCGGGACCGGCGCCGGAGCGCGCGCGAGCUGGCCGUCGCGUACGUGCCACUCGCGUUCCGCCUCGCGUUCGCGGUGGUCGUCUUAAUAGGCUUCGCCGGGUUCGCCUGGGGUACGGCCACCAAUUUCGUCGUGUUCCUGCCGGACACGAUGGCCUUGGCGGUGUCGGUCGUGCUGAACCUCUGGGCGCUCUCUUCGACGCUCAACUACACGGCCGCGUUCCUCGAGGUCGACGCCGACGCCUCGGCCUGGCGCCGCGCCGCCGUCGUCACGUGCCGCUUCCACGAGGGCUUGGCUCGCGUGAUGUCCUGGGAGCUGCCGCUCGUGGCCCGGACGCGGGCGCUGCAGGCGUCGUGCGGCGACGUGGUGCUGCGGUGGUCGCGGCGCCUCCAGCGCCAGGCCUUCCGCGAGCACCUGUCGCGGGGGCGCAUCCGGGCGUCGGACGCUUGUUUAUUUCUCGAAGAUGUCGCUCGCUGUCGCGCGAGGCGGCCCGCGCGGCCCGCGCGGGCCGACGUCGAGGACCCGCUCUACCAGUACGCCGGCGAGAAGGGCGCGACACGGGGCGUGAUUCCCGGCACGCGCGACGAGGCGGAGGCGUUCCUGGGCCUCGCCGUCGAGGAGGAGCACACGGGCGCAGCGCCCCUCCCUCUGCCGUCGGCGGCGCUCGUGGCGUCGUUAUGCGGCGUCGCGUCGGGGCGGUUCGCGGGCCUCCUCGAGAACGGCCCCGCGAGCCCCGCGAGCCCGGAGGAGCCGCGAGAAGAGCCCGAGGAGCCGCAGGAGCCGCCGCCGGUGCGGCCCGCGCCGCUGCCCAAGAAGCGCACCAUCGAGGAGGCGCUCGAGGCGGGCGGCUGGGAGUUCAAGCGCGGAAAGCACCACAUCGUCUUCGAGCGCCACGUCGUCGCGCCGGGCGGCCGCCGCGCCAAGCAGACGUUCGUCGCCGCGUCGACGCCGUCGGGCCGCGGCCGCAAGCAAGAGCUCGCCCGGCUCAACAAGCUCAACCGCGAAGGCCCUGCCGCGCCCGCCGACGCGGGGGGGGUGCAGCGGACGGCGCGGCGCCGCAAGAAGCUGGGCAAGCGCGGACGCUAG